CGUCAACUGUCGCGAAACAAACCACUACAACAACAGUACAACAAGAGCCGCGGGAGUGUGACACGCAUAUUAAUGCUAACAGAGGCAAGAAACGAAGUCAAGGUUUCCGUUUUUCGGACGGUAGAGCCCGAUGUUACGGACGUAACGAAAAAUGGAGUCGAUCCAGACUGUUCUGGUCACCGGAGGCUCCGGCUUCAUCGGCUCUCACCUGGUAUGCGCCCUGCUCACCGCGCCCCAGUGGAGGGUCCUCAACCUCGACGUGCUGGACUACUGCUGCAGCCCCCGGAGUCUCAUAAGUGUUCAGCACAUGGACAACUACUGCUUCAUCCAGGGUGAUGUGUGUGACCAGCGUCUGGUCUCUCACCUCUUCAACACCGAGGACAUCGACGUGGUGUUUCACCUUGCCGCCAUGACACACGUCGAGACCUCCUACCUCUGUCCCUCCCUCUUCCAGAGGGUGAACGUGGAGGGUACCCGGGUGGUCCUGGCCGCGGCCCGGGGGGCCGGCCACGCCCUGCGGCGCUUCGUGUACGUCAGCACGGACGAGGUCUACGGGGGCGGCGGCCUGCAGGUGUUUGAUGAAGACAGUCCUCUCAGACCAUCUAACCCCUACUCUGCUACCAAAGCAGCAGCCGAAUGCCUAGUUCAGUCCUAUUGGGAUGAGUACAAGUUUCCAGUCAUCGUCACCAGAAGCAACAAUGUUUAUGGACCCAGGCAGUACCCAGAGAAGGUCAUUCCAAGAUUCGUGUCCCUCCUGCAAGCCAACAAGAAAUGCACCAUCCAGGGCUCCGCCCCCAAGUCCCGGCACUUCCUGUACGUGGACGACGUAAUCGAGGCCUUCCUAUUGGUCCUCGCCCAGGGGGCGGUGGGCGGAGUCUACAACGUGGGCGUCGGCCAUGAGGUGCCCAUCCUCCAGCUGGCCAGGGAGCUGGUCACUAUGAUUCAGGAUGUUCCGGAAACGCAACUGAGCAACUGGCUUGACUUUGUGCCUGACAGGCCGCGGCUGGAGCUCCGCUACCCAAUGAGCAGCGAGAAGCUCCGGGGGCUGGGCUGGAGGCCGAGGGUCCCCUGGACGGAGGGGCUCCGCAGGACAGUCGAGUGGUACAAAAGCAACCCAGACUUCUGGCCGGGCGAGUCCGAAGACCGCGGGAACGGGACCGACAUGAUCACCUCUGAUUCAUGAUUUAGGAUUCAGUGUUUCUUACUUCAUCAGAAGGAAGAUGAGCUUUAUCUGACUCAACUCAAAAAAGCAGCAAGUUCGAUUCUACAUGUGUUUUUAAGUUAAGUUUUAUUUGUUUUUAAGUCAUUCAAGAAAGGGUUUUUAUAUUUAUAAAUUUUUCCAAAGGCGAUAUAUUAUACCACCAGAUGUGAAUGAGACCAGGUCCGAACCUCCUGGAAACUGACUGUUAUGAAGUCGGCAAGAUAUCUAGGCGGACACACCCACUUGUGAUGUCAGAAGAGUCAGAUUUCCAAAACGGCUUGUAACGGCUAAUCACACUCAUAACAAACAAUACGGUUUGUCACCUUUAAGGAAUUCACAGAUGCUUUGUAGUUCAAACUGAACAUUUUACUUUUGGGUCAAAACCUUGGGGCCAGUUUUAUCUGAAUAAUUGCCCGACGGGAACUUAUAAAGAAUACAAAGAAAUGUCUGGGUUUUGAUUCAAAUCGUUUGAUUACAUUGUAAAGACUAUUUUUGUACUGUAAAAUAUUUGCAUUCCGUUUGUGGUUGACAAAAAUAAACACAAAAUUAAUAACUGACAGAAUUGAUCGUUAUUUGACGAACUUAAUAGAAAAAAUACAAACCCAAUACGUUACAUUUUCAAAACAAACCUUUAAUUGUAAAAUGAUGAUAAAACACGCACAUAUUUAAGUGUUGCACAGAGGGCUAAACUAAUACAUCAAGCACUAAUCUACGAAGGGGGCGCUUGUUUUGGUGGGCUGAGCCUCCCUGGAGGCGGGCAAGUCUGAUCGACUGACAUUUAUAAAUAUUAAAAGGUGACAUGUUACACCACCAGGUGUGAGUGAUGGACACACUCAAAACAUGGAACAGCUUUAGGUUGAGGGUUUUAAUUGAGCACGCCUAGCAAAAUGAAUCCUUGUCUUUGUUUGCUAUCCUGCUGUAGUGUCUUUGCAAUUUUUUCAUUAGUUUAUUCGUCAGUGCACAUUACAUACACAAUCAUCACAGUCCAUGCCAUAACAUUUUGUGUAGAUGUGUUGCAUAGGUUUCAAGCCAGUUGGCUAAUUUGUAACCCCAGUACCCGGUCAGGCAAACCUAAUAGAUACUCCAAAUAUAAUUUUUCAAAGAACUACAUAGUAGUGUGAGUUAGUCAUGCAGCCGAUGUCUCGAUCAACAUUUCACAGAUUAUAUCCGGUUGAAGUAUCGGUGUUUGCUAUCCGGCUGUAGUUACUGAUGUAGUUUGUGUGUUCGCUAUUCUAGUUUAGUUUGUGUGUUUGCUAUCCUUAGAUAGAUUAGAUGCUGGCUAUCCAGCUGUAGUGACUUGUCUAGUUCCCGUAGACUUCGCCCAACCCCUGGCCCUAACAUGAGCGAACACCAACACACGAAAGGCCCCCAAAAAAGAUGCAAAUGACAUCAAAGUAUCAACAGAUCCACAUGUUUAUUUAUUUGUGUUACAAAGACUAUAAAGAUCGCCACUUGCCAGACAUUCACAAGAGUGUAGGGGAAGGAAAAAAAAAAACAGCAACUCAAAUGAACCAAAAAAAUUAAAAUGUAAAUAACUGGAGAGAAUCUGGACAUUGUUUUUUCGUACGGUUAUGUUUUGUCUUUUUUUUUGGUUUAUUUUAUGUUUUUUAUUUUUUUUCUCAUUUACCAUUUUUGAUCUUAACGUUUUGUUUUUAUUUUAUUAAUCCAAACCUUGGCAUUGUUGGUUUCCGAUUUUUUUAGUUCGCCGAUUUAAAGACGGUUGAUUCCAGCAGAUCAGAAUUUGUUGGCAAUGACAGCCUGUUACGCGAACAGGCUUACAGAUCCGAUAGAGAGUCCAAUAUGACUUUAAAGGCAACUUCUGUAGGAUUUUCUCCAAACGCAUCGCUGUCGAUACUGACCGCCGAGCUGUUGGUGCUAGAAUUCGGAUCCCGUGAGCCGCUUCCCCAAAAAGCAGAUUUAUCGGAAAGCCUUUUGAGCGAUUGAAAUUGAAAUUUCUGCCCGUCAUCGAGAAGAAAUAAAAUAGGAAAAAUUUGAGAACUUUUACAACUUUUUUAAAAGAGACAACGUGAAAAAUAAGCAGUUCACUUGGGACCGAUUCGUCUAACAUCAACACUUUCAACAAAAAUGUCCUCUGGCUCGCGGAAUUCCUUCAAACGGGAAUUCCCGCUAUCUUGCCAGAGGAACGUCGCGGCAAAAAACAGCGAUGAAUGAAACGAGAAAUUCCUACACGUCGCUUCUUUAACAUUUAAAAAGCUCACACUACCCGAGAAAAAUAGAAAUUUCCACUCACACGAUCCACGAUAUUUCGACAUUCAACUGCCAGUGUUAUGUUUAACUGUCUUUUGGUCAAGUGACUUUCAAUAUCAUUUUUUUUUUAUUAGGCUUAUAAAAAUAAAUAUUUCUCAAAAAUGCUUGAUAAAUUACACAAACUAGCAGCAGAAGUAGAUUCUAGGUCUUUGUUGUUGUGUGCAAAUAUGCUAAUUUCCUCUGUAACUGUCCAUCAUGAACCCCUUCCUGUGACCCCCCCCCGGCUGCCUCGGCUGAAAACCCCCGUCCCCCACACACUGUUUCGUUCAACACACUCUGUAGUUGAACACACACACACACACUUCCUCACUCAAUCACCCUGUGACUUCAAUAAAACAAACGCACACAGUUGUGGUCGUUGUCUUAAGACACACACACACACACACACAUACUCUCCCCUGAGGGCGCAAAGGGAAUGCCCUCGAGAAAAUGUCUGCUGAACGUUAAAGCUGAAUGUACAAACCUAAAUAAGUAUCGUGUCGCAGCGCAUCAGAAAAUCAGGGGUGGAUUUAAAAGUUCCAUCAACCACAUGUAAAUUGAGGCGGCGGGUGUGGGGGGGGGGGUGUUGGGGGACGACCGCUAACCGCUGGGCUACCAGAAGCGUAGCACCUCGAAUGUGUACGGCUAUGGAGAACCCCGCUGUGUACAGGAUUAUGACUGUGAAAGGCCAACACUGCCGUGUUUGACUAUGUGACUGGAAACCGCUGUGUGUAGGACUGUGCGGACAGUGCAGGGAGCAGGACUAUAGAUCGACCGUGUGCAGGGAUAUAAAACCAGGGGGGUGGGGAGGGGGCCAACGGAGACCACCGCUGGUGUGGGGGAACACCGCUGUUUAACUGGGGGACGUCUAAUCAGGGCCCCCUGCUGGGAAAGGGGCGUCACCAAAUUGAAUGCGUCAAACAUUGGGGAAAAACGUUCGGGGUUGAUAGAUCCCGUGAACGACCUCCUCCGGAGAUAAAGGUGUGGGGACUUCCCCUCUCGGAGUGGAGGGGAGAGUGGGGAGAGGGGAGAGCAUUGGUCGUGGCGCAUGUACAAAAUUAUCUAUUUACAAAUCUGCUUGUGUGUGCUACGACGUCGUCUUCAUGGUCCGAGUUCAUGGGGUAUACCGUCUGUUCUUUAACUUCACAGGGUCCUUGUUACUGACUCGGAGGGGGGGGGGGGGGGGGGCAGCAUGCCUCGCCGGGGGCUCAGGUGGAAGAUGUUGGAAUUCGAUAAGAUCAAGGCACUGCGCAGGUCUCACAGUAAGUAUGGGGUUCGUUCAGACACAAUCCUAGCCGUGUAAAACCAGGAGAAGGCCCCCCGUGUUGAAAACAGAAAUCUUGCUAAUAAAAAGGGGGAGUGUCCGAAGAAUCAGUGGUCUGCUCCGAAAGGUCAUUGUGUUGUGUUGCUACUCAAGGCGGAGGGUGGGGGGCUGGGGGGAGGUCAACUUUUAAAUGGCUCGUUCCAUUAUGGGCCCCGUCAUGUCACCGCAGGGAGCAGGGUUCACUCCGUUCUGUUAGGACCUACGACUUUAAGGAAUCUGUCGAGGCGUAAAAGUCUACGUCUUUUCGGAAUCCGUCCACGCGUAAAACUCCACGACUUUACGGAAUCUGUUGAGGAAACAACUACGUUCUUUACGGAAUGCUUCUUUUAACUGAAUGCUCCUUGCCGGCACGUUGAGGUGCAAAGAGAACCGCUCACAACAUCCCCUUGUAACAAAUACAAAAACAACGCACACUGAUGCCUAAAAAGCAUGUGGGCUGGAACACCCUCAGCUCAUAUGCUAUCCUCAAAUACCUUAUUUUAAAUGUAGAAAAAAAUGAACAUCAGCAACAAAAUGGUCACGAACUGCCAGCAGGUAUAAAAACCGAUUUAUUUUCCUUCGUUUGGGUCCAACUGAGAACUGUCUGGAUUUUUGGCACUCAACCAAUUUUAAGACUUUCCAACAUAAAAUCCAAUCGUCUAAACGGUGGGGAGACAAAACAACAUUUGGUGUCACGUAACAGAUGCUGCCACAGUACUCUGCUUUCUAAUCGUCUUGAGGGGAAACGGAUCCAGUUGUCCCAUUGUAAGGGAAACUGAUAUAUUUCUGACAAACGAUUUCCCGAAGCAACCUAAAAGCCAGUGGCCAACGUUGCCACAGAACACAGCCAGAGACGCCCUGAACUCGCAGGCAAGACCCCGAACACAUCACUGAGCACAAGCGUUACCACGUAAAAAAACACCUCCCUAGUUGCUCAAGGUCCAGAAGAGUCCACUGCCUAGAGUUGAGUUCCCCGAUGAGAUCAUAUUAAUGCCCUCGCCACUGACUUGAUUAAAGAGAUUCCACAGGGAUGCCCUCCCUCGAGUUGUGAGGGGUUUUGAGGUCUUCUCAGGUAUUCAAUGCUCUAACCAUGGCCUAAAGACUAUAGAGGGGCUCUGAACAAAAAAAAAAUCCAAUUAAAUUAAAACAAUACCAGCAAGACUUUGUCCCGUUUGACAGUUCUAAUUACACGUGGGUGUGUGGUUCUUCAGUUUCUUAACAAUGCAAACCAGCCAUCCUAGGAAUCUAAUAAUAACUUGAGAAAAACGAUUGAAAUCACUAUUGCUGUUGAUUAUUCUGGCGUGUACAUGACCUCUCGUUGAAACUCUAAUAAAUUAAAUAUUUUGUUAGGCUGCCACGUUUUACAGCUUAUGUCUGUCGGGGGGAGUGAAAAUCGCUGUUUAAAAAAAAAAUAUGGAGUACACAACAAUUGAGAAAGAGACCUGAAUUAGCUAAAUAAAAGCCUGUAGAGGAAUAUUUCAUUUCUGCUAAACUGCAGAAUUUUAUGUUUACUUCUUGACCAAAAAACAAUAACACUUGCAUACGUUAACUUGCCUUGUUUGUCUCUCAAAGCCGAUGUGCAAAAAAUUAAGGGAAGUAGAACGACAGGACCUCGCGUGUGUUACCAGCAAAGAAUCUUCCUCACUGGCACUAUUUUAAUAAGGGAAAAUACCCCCUUUUUUAACAUUUGAUUUUGUAAAACUAAAUCCUUCUUUGACCUGAGGAAAACAAGGAACAAAUGUGUCGCAAAACAAGAUUCACCAAAAACGGUACGCAUCUCAUUUGCAGACAUUUGCACAUAUUUACCACAGAUGUCGUAAAUCCUAAAUCACGUACGAGAAUAGGAGCUUCUCAACCCCCGAAUACCCGAAAAACGAGGCCCUGUUUAAAAAAAAUAUAAAUAAAUACAAAAUGUACGUUGUUUUAAUUUUUAAACUCAAAUCGUACAGACUGUACAUUUUGACUUCUGCUGCUCGGAAAAAAUAACAUUUUAGAAGCGGGAAUGGACUUCGUGUCGGGGUUAAGGAGACUAAAACCUAGCCUCCGAUAUAUCGCCCGUACAGAACUAGCUUGGCUUCCCGGGCGUGACGCUCAGACGUUUAACUCGACUUCUAUACAAAGCCGAUGCUUUAACUCGACUUCUAUACAAAGCCGAUGCUAGUGGUGUCCAGCGCCACUGGCUAGUGAUGCCCCGUUGUACGACGCCCACCCCCCCAAAACACGCCCAUCCCCCACUCGACUUUUUAUCACCUCCAGGGAACCAAAUGGAUAAACUUCGAACGGCUUGUUUUUUUAGAGAAGACUUCUUCAUACUAGACUCUCCAGGAUAGAGUGAGCGAGAAAUAAAUUGAACUCUUUUGAAAUGAUUUGCUUUGUGUGUCCCCCUUUGAAAUAGGUGACUUUUGGCGGACGAGGGGCUUCUUUAAAACAUCGACAGCGGAAAUAGGUUUUCCCGUCUGCAGUCGUUGCGACAAAGGAUCAGUUUCCCAAAGCCAAUCGGGCGCCACUGAGCUCUCCCGCGGACCGAACAUUCGGACACUCGUUUUCAAUUUUCGGCUGGUAGCAAUGCGGGUUCCACCGCUUCCAUUUCUGGGGGUCAAAAGGUCGGUAAACCCAGUGCACAGCUUCACAUUUUGUCUGCACAUCCAAUUCGUUUUUUCAGAGAAAAUAAAUCCGAAAAA